AUGGAAUUUAUAAAUACUGUAGAUGAAGUUAUAGAUGAAGUUGGUAACGAGUUAUCCGAGGAAAUGAUGGAUUGGACUGUUAUAAAACACAGUGAAGGAUUUAGUUUAACCCAAUAUAUUGAAGGAGCUGUAGAAAUUGGUAAAAUUCUUAAUCAUACAGUUAUCGCAGUAUUAACAGGCAAUUUUGGAGCACUUGUCGAUGAUAUCGUUUCAUACGCUCUAGCAGCUAAGCAUUGUAAAGCUGAAUGUAAACGUCUUAGUGAACAAUUUAAAAUAGCACGUGAUUCAGCAAAGGAAUUAUUAGAUCAAUUAGAAGAAACGCCUAGAGAGGUAGAAAAUAAAAAUUUUAUAUCUGCAUUAAAAGCAUUUGCUAUCGUUUUAGAAGAUGGUCGAGCUGUUGUAAAGCAACAUGCUGAAGCAAAAUAUGGAUUAAAAAUCUUUUUUGCGAAAAAAUUUGCUGCUGAAUUUCAAGAUAUUGAAGAUCGAUUAGAUCAAGCGUGUAAUCGACUCAAUUUCGCUAUUAAUAUUCGUCAUUUUGUUGAUAGUCAAUAUGCUGAAGAAAUUCAAAAAGCAUGGCAUGAGGAAGAUAAAAUUGCGUUCGCAGAAUUAAAUACUAUGGUUAAAGAAUCUUUAAAAGAAAUUCGUAGUUAUAAACUUUUAUCAACUCCACCUUUAGAUUUAGGUACAAGAAUUUAUCUAAAGGAGUUAUCUGAAAUACAGCAAUUUAAAACGGACAGACUUUUUACGGCUAAUUAUCACACUGUAGAUAGCGACAGAGAGAAUAAAGUUAUAAAAGCUGUCAUAAAAGUAACAAUGGCUCAAGAAACAGUGGCGGAUGAUGUAUCAAAAUUUGCACUAGAAAUUGCAUAUUUAAGAAAAUUAGUCUCAUGCCCAAAUAUUAUUAAUCUUAUUGGUGUUACUAAUAUUCGUGGAAAUCUGUCAUUAGUUUUGGAAUAUUGUGAAAAUGGUGAUUUACAAGAUUUUAUUGCAUUGGGUAAAUUGAAAGGUGAUUGGGGAAAGAAACGUAGCAUCGCUUUGGGAUCCCGUUGGACCAAUACAGGAAGUCUUGGGGUGGUUGAUUCAUUUGAGGAACAAAUUCGGUGGACUGCGCCAGAACGUCUUGGUGAUAAUGUAUCAACUUUUACCGAAGAAUGUGAUAUUUUUUCGUUCGGCAUCGUGUUUUAUGAAAUUAUUUGUGAAAAAUUCCCAUGGGAAGGCUUAAAUUUAAGCGAUGUUUAUAAAGCUAGAAACGAAGAAAAGGAACUUACUCUACCUUCUUAUAUACCACCUGCUAUAUCAUCUAUUUAUACUAAUUGUACUCACACAGAACCGAGUAAACGGUUCAAAUCUGAUAAGAUUAUUGAAUAUCUUGAAGCAAUCCGACCUGAAGAUUUGGAAAGCGCCAUACAGUUUAAUGGAGGAAAUAAAGAAAUAGUUAAUGACAUAAUUACAGAAGAAAAAAAUAAUUAUCUUAAGCCUGCAUCUGUUCGUUAUCUCUCUAUUUCAGAUAUCUCUGAUGAGGAAGAUAAUAAUCACGGUUCAUCUCCAAAAGAAAUAUUAGAAAUCGCUGAAAGACAUCAUCAACUUCGGGAUUAUGUAAAAGCAAGGUCUGAAUAUGAAAAAGUUAAAGAUGACUUCCCACACGCUUCAUUCCGGUUGGGUGAAUAUUAUUAUUUUGCUAAAGGCGUUACCGAAGAUAUUCCGCUAGCUGUUCAGUAUUUUGAACAGGCUAUCGAAGGUGGUGAUGGUGAUGCAACGGAUAUGAUGGGUUAUUUAUAUUUAACUGGCAAAGGGCAUCAGAAAGAUAGAGUAAAAGCUGUAAAAUUCUUUACACAAGCUGUAGAAAAAGGAGUACCUCAUGGGAUGUACCAUUUAGGUGUUUGUUAUUUCAAGGGUCUUGGAGGUUUGAAAAUAGAUUUGGAAGAAUCGAAAAAAUUAAUGUUGAAGGCUGCAAAUUUAGGGAAUGAAGAAGCUAGAAAUUUUGCCCACCAACAACAAUGGAUUUAA